AUGACUACAAUACACGAGCAGGGAAUGCUUGAUAUUGGCAAACACUGCUGCAUUUGUCGAAGGCUUGAUUUCCUUCCAUACACAUGUCCAAAGUGUUCGAUGUCAUUUUGCAAUGAGCAUCGCAAGCAAUUUAACGAGCACAAAUGCAUAGUUCAAAUGAGGAAAAAGCGGACGGAUGGUGAUAAUAAGAAUAUUGAUACCAGCAAAUUACCCCCAGCAUCAUCUCUUUUCCCCGAUGUUGAGAAAAUGAGGAGGGAUGCGAAUGAAAAGGCAAAGCAUCAACACAAAAAGGGGGCAUAUCUGUUUGGAAGACGUCUAGGGACAUCGAAGGAUGAGAAAAAUACGAAAUCACAAAGCACAAAGCCAAUUACGGGUGUGGAGUCGGCUUUGUUUAGACUUAAAACUUUUAUGGGAAAGCAUGGAGGUGCACAUAACAGCUCAAGUGGCAAGUUGCACGGCAAAAGUAAACUCCUGUGUCUUUAUUCCGGAUUUUCGGGUAAGCAGUCUUCAACUCAGCGCCUAGUAUCAUUGGCAAGACUUAAAAAAGCGGCUAAAGGUGAUAACCGUGUUUCUUCUUCUCAAAGAAUAUAUGUGCACUGUAUUUAUAUUGACCCAAAUGCAAGCAAAAAGCAUGAUCAGGUUCCAUUAUUCUGCUCUAAGGCAUGGCCAGUCGGUCGCAUGCUUGAUAGUUUCUCGGAUUUGAUGAGGAUUAAAAACGUUAACAACAUGUCGACUGAUGAAUCACAAAAACUGACCGUCUUUAGAGCUCGCAGAUAUGGUGAGAAGGCUGCAAAGGAUGCCGCCUCUCUUGCGGACAAAGAUUUUGUUUACAUUCCAUCAAAUGGAAGAGUAAAUAAGGAAAUACAGGAUUUGGACACCGUAUAUAUCGUCAGAGGAGCAGAGAAUAUGAAGAAGUGA